AUGUUAACAAGCCCGCAACGAUGCCGCAAGCGAAGUCGUUCAGCUUCCUUAGAUUCUAAUGUGUCUUCGAAUAGUAACUCUGAUUUGUCCAUUACAGGAAGGAACACAUUAGUUAAUCCUGAGUCUAGUGUGCACGAAGUAAAGAAGAAUGACCCUUAUACAGACAAGGCCAUGAAGAAUAAAGCGCCUUCAAAGCAACGAUCACCUAUAGGUUCGUCGACGACAGUCACCGCCAAACAUCGAGCACAAAAGGAAUCACGUAGUGAAGUCGAUAUAGCAGCAUGUUCAGCUAUUAAUGGCAGUUGUGUUUCACCUGAGAUGAGCUCGAGAGAAAACGAGAGAGAUGCAAUCCAACAUAUUGUAAGCUCCAUCAUUGCUAACUGGAAGAGUGGGUCCAAGUUGUUAAACGAGACGAUUAUUCAAACCAUACUGCGACGUGUUCGUCCACUACUCAUGACCGAACCGAUGCUGGUGCCUGUUCAAGCCCCUGUCAAUGUGUGUGGUGAUCUUCAUGGUCAAAUCACUGACCUAGUGGAAAUAUUCAAGGCCGGUGGGGUUCCUCCAAAAUCACGUUACUUAUUUCUUGGUGAUUAUGUUGAUAGAGGAAAGUAUGGCACCGAGGUCAUCAUAACACUUCUUGGGCUGAAGUUACUUUACCCAUCGCAAGUCUAUAUCUUGCGUGGAAAUCACGAGACGGACAGUAUUUGCCGAAUUUAUGGCUUCUUUGACGAGGUCAAACGGCGUUUUAGCGUCAAGCUUUUUAAAGAAUUCACUGAUGUGUUCAACUGUUUGCCUAUCUCCGCACUCAUCGAGGGCAUCGCUCUCUGUAUGCACGGUGGAAUCAGUCCGGAGUUACGGAGCUUACGCCAGAUCGAACGGAUUCCACGUCCGCUGGUUGUGGCCGACGAAGGGUUGGCCUGCGAUAUACUCUGGUCUGAUCCUCUUGAGGAAAGCUGUGGUUGGCUCCCAAGUGAUCGUGGUGUAAGCUAUACGUUUGGUGAAGAUGAGGUACAUAAGAUAUGUACAACAUUAGGUAUUGAUAUCAUUCUGCGUGCACAUCAGGUGGUGGAUAACGGCUACUCCUUUUUUGCAGGAAGACAGCUUGUAACUCUUUUUAGUGCUUCCAACUACUGUGGCGAAUUCACUAACUCAGGUGCAAUGAUGCUAAUGGAUGAAAGCUGUAAGUGCAGCUUUCAGAUUUUCAAGCCCCAAUAUGACUAA